GCGGUGCGGAAGUUGGACGGUGCCGCGUCCCCGCAGUCCCCCCGACCUCCUCCCCGCGGCCGGCGGCCGGGCGGACCCGUGCUGAGCGCCUGGGCGGGCGCAGGACCCCGAACCCCGACAUGGAGCUGGAGGCCAAAGUGAAGAAGAUGGGCUUAGGUCAUGAGCAAGGAUUUGGAGCCCCCUGCUUAAGAUGCAAAGAAAAAUGUGAAGGAUUUGAACUGCACUUUUGGAGAAAAAUAUGUCGUAACUGCAAGUGUGGUGAAGAGGAGCAUGAUGUCCUAUUGAGCAAUGAAGAGGAUCGAAAAGUGGGGAAACUUUUUGAAGACACCAAGUAUACCACCCUGAUUGCAAAGCUGAAAUCAGAUGGAAUUCCCAUGUACAAACGCAAUGUUAUGAUUCUGACCAAUCCAGUUGCUGCCAAGAAGAAUGUCUCCAUCAAUACAGUCACCUAUGAAUGGGCUCCUCCUGUUCAGAAUCAGGCAUUGGCCAGGCAGUACAUGCAGAUGCUGCCCAAGGAGAAGCAGCCAGUGGCGGGCUCGGAGGGGGCGCAGUACCGGAAGAAGCAGCUGGCGAAGCAGCUCCCUGCGCAUGACCAGGACCCUUCCAAGUGCCAUGAGUUGUCUCCCAAAGAGGUGAAGGAGAUGGAGCAGUUUGUGAAGAAAUACAAGAGCGAGGCUCUGGGAGUAGGCGAUGUCAAACUUCCCCGUGAAAUGGGUGCUCAGGACUCCAACAGAAUGUACAUCCCUGGCGGAGGCAGAAGCACCGUGGCAUCGGUGGGCACCAUAGAGGACAAGGCGGCAGAGCACAGGACUCAGUAUUCCUGCUACUGCUGCAAGCUGGGCAUGAAGGAAGGUGACCCCGCCAUCUACGCUGAAAGGGCUGGCUACGAUAAGCUGUGGCACCCCGCUUGCUUUGUCUGCAGUACCUGCCACGAACUCCUGGUCGACAUGAUUUAUUUCUGGAAGAAUGGGAAGCUAUACUGUGGCAGACAUUACUGUGACAGUGAGAAACCCCGAUGUGCUGGCUGUGAUGAGCUGAUAUUCAGCAAUGAGUACACCCAGGCAGAAAACCAAAAUUGGCACCUGAAACACUUCUGCUGCUUUGACUGUGACAGCAUCCUCGCCGGGGAAAUCUACGUGAUGGUCUGCGACAAGCCGGUGUGCAAGCCUUGCUACGUGAAGAACCAUGCCGUGGUGUGUCAGGGAUGCCACAAUGCCAUUGAUCCCGAAGUGCAGCGAGUGACCUACAACAAUUUCAGCUGGCAUGCGUCCACGGAGUGCUUCCUGUGCUCCUGCUGCAGCAAGUGUCUCAUUGGGCAGAAGUUCAUGCCGGUGGAGGGGAUGGUUUUCUGUUCCGUGGAGUGUAAGAAGAUGAUGCAUUAAGAGGAGAGCAUCAAGCAGUAUUGAGCCACAGCUAUCCAAAGUGGUCUGCAUUCCUACUGUAAAAUGCAAUUUAGAAAAAUAAAUGGAACAAAAAAGAAACUGUAAAGGAAACCAGAAGAUUUUAAGUAUCUCUCUUUGCUGUUUUUCUCUCACCUUUUUUAUCAUCUCAACACUUAAAACCUACUUUGAGCAUAUAGUUUUAAAACGGUAAAGGAUGUUAUCUUUCUUUAGCUUUCUAGAUGUAAAACCUUUGAUUUGGAAGGUUGGGUUUAUAUCUUUAUAUCUCUGUUCUCCUUGUGCCAAACAGUAAAUCUGAAAUACUUACAAGGUAGUGUGCCGAAUGGAGAGGUGAGCAUUUCUAUAUAGUUCUAUAUUCUUGUUUUCCUCUAGUGUAAAAUGAAAAAUAUUAAACUUCCCCUAAUGCCAAAGCUCUACAUUUAUUACCUCAUCAUAUUCACUAGCUUUGUAGUGAUACCCAGUGAAUUUUCCUGACAGAGGAAGAGAUGCAGCAUAGUAUGGGAAGCUGGGAUCAUUUUAAUGCCAGUGCAUUCAGUUUUCUAAUUUAGGCAGAGGUAGUUUCAUUGCAUUUCUUAU